AUGAGCCAGUGUAAUUUUCAGAAAUUCUGUCGAUCUUGGUCUCCGGCUCUGUCGAUCUUGAUCUUGGUCUGUCGAUCUGUCGAUCUGUCGUCUCUUCUCUGUCGAUCUCCGUCUCUCUCUCUCUCUCUGUCGAUCUCCGUCGAUCGCGGUCUGUCUCUCUCUGUCGAUCGCCCUCCCAAACGAUCUCCAUCGAUCUCGGGUGUAUUUACUGGACACUGUGGGACAAACCUUGACCACGGUGUUGUUGCUGUUGGAUAUGGUACAGAAGAUGGUGUAGAUUACUGGGUUGUGAGGAACUCUUGGGGUUCAAACUGGGGAGAAAACGGGUACAUAAGGUUGGAGCGCAACAUCAAUUCCAUUGGUGGCAAGUGUGGGAUUGCUCAAAUGGCCUCAUACCCCAUCAAGACCGGUUCCAACCCUCCUAAUCCCGGUCCAUCUCCUCCUACCCCAGUAAAACCCCCCACAAUCUGCGAUGAUUAUUUUAAUUGCCCUGCAGGAACCACAUGCUGUUGUGUCUAUCAAUACGGUAGCUACUGCUUUGGUUGGGGAUGCUGCCCCCUCGUGUCUGCUACCUGCUGUGAUGAUCACUCUAGCUGCUGCCCACACGAGUACCCUGUCUGUGACAUUGAUGGCGGGACUUGCCUAAUG